AUGGAAUUAAAUCUUCAACAUGAAGAUUUAUUGAUUAAAUUAAGAGCUAAGCUGAACGAAGAAAAGAUUAAGUUAUGGGAACCACCUUAUUAUCAGACUGACAACGAUCGCUCUCAAAAUUUGCGGGAUCUAGCAUUAAAAUACUCAUCACAGUUAUUACAAGAUGAUGAAACGGUGUUUUCUGCAUUACGUGAAUUACAACUGCAUUCACUUGACCGAUCCAAAGCAAAUGCGGAGUACAAGGAGACAGGGCUGGCCACAUUCAGGGUGAAAGCUAAUGUAUCAGGACAAAAACCUGUAGUCUUAAAAAUUCAAAAGAAGUUGGAAGUGCCAGGCAGUGAUCUCAUUGAAACAGUGGCUAAGGAGAUUAGUGUUGGAACUGACAGAAUAAAAUUGAUAUGCAAUGGUAAAAUUAUAAAACCGACAAUGAAUCUCAAUGAACAGAAUAUUAAAAAUGGAGUACAAAUAAUGGCACUUAUUAUGGGAGAAGCCCCAGAGAACGUUAAGAAAGAAAAUGAUAUGUACAUGGAGAUGAAAUCCACACGUGACGACGCUCUGCUGCUGACCGAUUGCGCCGAAGAGUUGACUGGCGACGAUGAGUAUUUAAAGCUGGAAGACCAAUCAGGAAAAGCACUCCAACUACCGGCAGCCGAGCGAAGAUCCUUGACGGUUGGACUGGCACUGCACGAGCGCGGUCGGGCCGCUGUCCAGCAAAAGGACUACACGCUAGCCCUGGUGCUCCUGCUCGAAGCCGACAGGCAGUUCAGUGAAUGCAGUUCGAAUCUCCUGAAAUCAGUGGACAACAUUGCCGUCCUUCAGCUGGACAUAUCCUGGUGCUACCUUCAUCUCCAGAACCUCGCCUCGGCUACUGAUGUAGCCUCCAGACUACAGAGGGCCGAGGCGUCCUUCAAGGACACCUACGGCGAGAACCACGAGAGGCUCAUCGCUCUGAAAGGAAACGCCGCAAACGAACGCGUUCUGUUCAUGCGGCUGUACCUGCUGCAGGGCAUCGUAGCUUACCACCAGAACAAGAGGGAGGAGGCGCGGCGACUCUUCGACAAGGCUGAAAAUGAGAUGAAUUUUCUGAGAGUGGACGACGGCUCGGUAGCGGCGCUGAUGGAGCUCGGCUGGACGCGCAGCCAAGCCAGGACCGGCCUCCGCGCCGCCGCAGGACACGUGGACAGGGCGCACCAGCUCCUGGAGGAGAGGAGCGAGGAGCGCGAGAGGGAGAGGGAGAGACACAGACAGGAGAGAGAGGAGCGGGCCCUGGGUCGGUGCGCGGACGGCAGCCCGGUGAGCGCGGCGCUGCUGGCGGGGCUGCUGGACAUGGGCUGCGCGCGCCGCCUCGCCCUGCUGGCCCUCAAGAACUCCAACAACAACGUGGCCGAAGCCCUGUACCUCAUGCAGGAGAGGAGGGAACUGCUUCAAGACAGUGACGCGUCUUCCAGCGACCAGGAGACCCCGAGCUCCGACGACUCCACGCUGGAGCCCGACAACAAGCUCGCGGCGGAGCUGGAGGCGAUGGGCUACGACCUGGACGACGCCAGGAUCGCCCUGAAGCUGUCGCGGAACCAGCUCGGCGGGGCGCUGGACAUCCUGCUCGGGGGGCAGCUGCGCGAUGUCGGCGACCCGUCCACCAGCUCGGCGGCCGCCAGCAAGAAGAGACUCCGGAAACUGAAGCGAGAGAAGAGGGAGAAGCGCCGACAAGAGCGCGACUCGGCUCUGAAGCGUCUCAAGACGUCGGUGAAGACGGAAGACGACGACUACCUGGACACCAGCCUGGUGGAUGAAGAGGAAUUCCUCGCUAAAUACAAAUCCUUGCUCUAAGCCAUGCCAUAUUGUGACGUCACGAGCGCGCGCGGUCAUUGAUCCACGACGCCAGCCCCCGUCCGCGGAAUAGCCCCUUAGACUACCAGUGAAUCCUCCCCCUCGCGUCCCUUUCCUCAUUACUGAGGGUCGUGACUCCCCCGCUUCAUAAUUUACUCGCGGACGAUUUUCUGCUGCUAUACUUCGUGAAAGGCAUCGUGGUACUUGACGGAAGGAAGGUAGGAAAGUACCACGUAAAUUUGAUUCAAUACUAGAGCAGAUGUAGUGCCACUGUAACCGACAACAAACACACUCGGGGCUUAACUAUUACAAAAACGUUGAGUCAACGCGUUAGGGGCCACGCCGCACUCCGCCCCCCGUCCUCGUGGGGAGAUUAUGAAGUGUUCUGGAAAAUCGAUCGAAUUUCAUAUCGUAG